AUGGCCGUCCCGCCAAAAUUCGCCGCCCACAAACUUGAUCUCGGCCCCUCCGCCGCAUCAACCUCCGCCGCUCCCCAUUCCACACACACCUUCGAAUUCUACGUCGACUACUGCUGCCCAUUCUCGUCCAAGCUCUUCCUCACACUCACCAACCACGUAAUCCCAGCCAUUCGUGAAAAAUACGACGGAGACAAAACCUGGAAAUCAGGCAUCACCUUCAUCUUCCGCCAGCAGGUCCAGCCAUGGCACCCGUCGUCCACGCUCAUGCACGAAGCUGCCUUCGCGGUGCUGCGCCUCGCCCCCGAGAAAUUCUGGGAAUUCAGCUCCCAUCUGUUCAGUCAGCAAAAGAGCUUCUUUGAUGUAAAUGUCGUUAAUGAGACGAGAAACGCUACCUACAAGCGUUUGGCGGACCUUGCGGGUCAGGUUGGCGUUGAUGCAGCUCAGGUGUACAAAUUGCUGGAGAUAUCGGACAAGCCUGCGUCUGAUGGGUCGCUCAACACUGGAAAUCAGGUCACGAAUGAUUUGAAGGUGGUUACGAAGAUGAAUAGGUUGAUUGGGGUGCAUGUCACUCCGACGGUGGUGUUUGAUGGCGUUGUGCAAGACACGAGUUCGGGGUGGACGAAGGAGCAAUGGAUGGAAUGGCUGGGCGAGAGAGUUGCUUAA